AUGCCCCCGAUGGAUCUUGCAUCAGCCCGUGGGACCAAAAUCAGCGAUAUAGUAAUUGAUAACCGCCCCAGCACAGGUCGUGGCAAGAAACUCACCCUUGCCCAAGAGAGUCUUCUGAGGAGACUCUAUGAACAAGAAUUGCCCUCUGUGUCCAAUGAUGAGCCUCAAGCGAAAGGGUUCUGGGUGAAGCUUGCAUCGCAGUUUCAUCAACAGACUGGUCGUGAGUAUUCAUGGUCGUCUGUGAAGCGGCGGGCCGCAGGUUGGCAUCAGAAGUCCCCGGAAAUUGAGCGACGACUGGAUGCCUCUCGUGCGAGCGAGCUCGGAAUUGAGGAUUCGGUAGUUGAGCCUAGUCAUCAAGACACUGUUCGUGAAUCCCCACGACGACAGGGUCUACGCGACAGCGAACACCCCGUGCUGCCACAGAGCAAGCCUUCUCCGCACCUGCAGGAUUCGAACACCCUCGAGUUGUCUCAACUUGAAAGAAGCCCUGGUGUCGGCGACUGGUCACAGCGCAAUUCGCUUUCAAGUGUCAAGGAUUCAAGCCAAGACACAAGUAGGAAUCUCAAAUCCCCUCGCGUGUCUCCAUCCCGCCCCCGAUCAAGAUCACCCCAACGUGCAUCGCAACCUAGAUAUCGUCGCCGAUCUCCUUCAACAACGAGACGCGCCAAAAUUAUCCCCAAACAAUUGCGUCACCAGCUAGCCUCUUCAUCCGAUGGGACAAUCGCGACGAGCCACAACCCUUUGUCCGGCUCGUUUUCAGCUCAUGACAACGUGCAGCUCAGUCAUCCGAGUAAAGGAACUCCCCCUGAACUCAACCGUGCCCGGGAGCCAGUGGAAAAGGACGGGCCGGAGAGCCAUGCUCGCGGUUUCACAAGAUCUAAGCGUGGAGAGAAUAAAGUCAGCAAUGAUCUUCUUGCGUCACCUAACUUAUCCGAGCAAGAUGACUUACCACUGACCCCAACUCGGAUUACGAGAAGGCGUGUUUCAAAAUGA